CAUGGACUUCUCCGAGGCAUUCUCGCGUUACACAACUCUUUCACUCCCUCUUUUCCCCCUUUCUCCUUCCUUUUUCCUCCUCUUCUCUUCUCCGUAUUUCUUCGGGCUUCCUUUCCUCCUCUGUUUUUGCUUCUGUUAUAUUUGUUUUCCCCCAAUCAACAGUUCACGUUCCAAAACGUAUCCUCUGGACCAGGAACCGGUCUCCGCUAACACGUCCUGGUACGUUUUCUCCCCUUCUCUCUUCCUUUCCUUUCCUUUCCUUUCUUCUCCCUAUCUUCGCUCCCACUCUCUUCUUCUUCUUCUUUCCCCCGUCAACGUUCACACCCAACUCCACCACCAUCCCUUCACCAAAAUUCUUCUGCGCCCUUUGCCACCGCCAUCAACUUCGCGCCCUCUGCUUCCCUUUCUCUUCUUUACGCUUUCGAUCUUCGUGGGUUCUACUCAAUUUCCACCCCCUCACCUGCUUCUGUUUCGGUAUUAUUUAUUUGCUUUCGAUUCUUCUUCUGUCAUUGCCAUUCUUUCCCCUCUUCGGUUUCGUUCUGGUUGUGUUAGUCUGCGUGGCCAGACCCUGUGAUUUGAGGCAAGAGAUAUUGUCUGGAUAGCGUCCGUCAGAGAUUGAGUUGUGUCUGAUAAAUUGGCAGAACAAAGGCGUAAUUUGGAUUUUGCUGCUGAGAGGUUAGGAGUGUGCGUCUUCUCCAGAUGCAAAGUAUUGGAAGGACCAGAACUCAGUCUAGGCCCAGUAGAUCUGUGAAUUUAGGAGGCAUGGACUACCCAGAUCCCAAAAGGAAGGGAAACUUCGUUGGAAAGGUUGCUUUGGCUGCUAUCAUGACGACCGUAUGCAUUCUUGUGCUCAAGAAAUCCUCAUUCAAUUACGCAACCCCGAUGAUCCAGUUCUCCAUGCGUGAAGAAGGAGUUACUCAUGUUCUUGUGACCGGUGGAGCUGGCUAUAUCGGUUCACAUGCUACAUUACGUCUUCUGAAAGAUGGUUACAGGGUGACCAUAGUUGACAAUCUUUCUCGAGGGAACAUUGGUGCUGUUAAAAUCCUACAAGAACUGUUUCCAGAGCCUGGGAGGCUUCAAUUUAUAUAUGCUGACUUGGGAGAUGCCAAAGCGGUAAACAAAAUAUUUGCAGAGAAUGCUUUUGAUGCAGUGAUGCAUUUUGCAGCUGUUGCAUACGUUGGAGAAAGUACCAUGUAUCCUCUAAAGUAUUACCAUAAUAUUACAUCAAAUACCUUGGUGGUGUUGGAGUCGAUGGCCAGGCAUGACGUGAGGACUCUGAUAUACUCUAGCACAUGCGCAACCUAUGGGGAACCUGAAAAGAUGCCUAUAACUGAAGAAACAACACAGGUCCCCAUCAAUCCAUAUGGAAAGGCCAAAAAGAUGGCAGAAGACAUGAUCCUUGAUUUUUCCAAGACAUCAGACAUGGCAGUUAUGAUUUUGAGAUACUUCAAUGUGAUUGGGUCGGACCCAGAAGGCAGAUUAGGGGAGUCUCCACCGCCUGAGCUGCGGGAGCAUGGACGGAUUUCUGGUGCAUGUUUCGAUGCAGCUCGUGGAAUCAUGCCAGGGUUGAAGUUCCAUUCACAGGUUAAAGGAACAGACUACAAGACACAUGAUGGCACAUGUAUACGGGAUUACAUUGAUGUAACUGACCUUGUGGAUGCUCAUGUGAAGGCUCUGGAAAAGGCCGUACCUGGUAAAGUUGGAAUCUACAAUGUUGGCACAGGGAAAGGUAGAUCAGUGAAAGAGUUUGUGGAAGCAUGUAAGAAAGCAACUGGAGUGGACAUCAAGGUUGAUUAUUUGCCUCGCAGGCCUGGUGACUACGCCGAGGUGUUCAGUGACCCGAGUAAGAUAAGGAAUGAACUCAACUGGACAGCGCGUUACACUGACCUGCAACAGAGUUUGAAGGUUGCCUGGAGAUGGCAGAAGGCUCACCGUGACGGGUAUGGGACCCCUUCAGUGAUGGCUUCUUGAAACCCUUCCCACUUGGUAGAGCAGCACUGGCACAGCAACGGAUAGCAACAUUUGACCCCAGAGAGAUAACCCCUCCAACAUACCACAGCACCAACCUGGGUUGCAAUGCUGUUUUAUUCUUCUGCUUUCUUUAGAGAAGAGGAGAGGGAAGGAGAAGCUUUUCUAUUACUAUUAUUAUUUUUUCCUAAAUAAUUUUUUGAUACUUGUUGUCAUGCCAUAUAUAUAGAGAGUGAGGGAGAUGUAGGAGUUGCCGAUUCAUUACUUGUAUGUGAACAGGUAAUAGUCGAAUAAUGUAAUGAUGAUGAUGAAUUGAUGAUGAUGCCUCAGGCUCAUCCAAUAUAAUAGGCUUCUACAGUUCAUUCCGCCUCCAGAUUUCACUCAGAUUCAUAAGUUCCUUACAGAAGAAACACCAGUGGAUUGGAACAUGUUUCUGACUGUGUUCAGAUAAAAAUUUCAUGAAGAGUAGUUUUCUCGUGGUUCAGUUCUUGAUGGGU